UGACGCACGUUCCGGGGUUUUUAAUGAUCCGCCGCAGCAGUUCAGCCGUCAAUGAGACGAGAGGAGAGGAGAGGAGGGGAAGUUGUAGUGUGGUAUUGCCGAGAAGGACAUAUUAUAAGGACAUAGCAUAAAACAAGACACAUGCAUAUAGAGUAAAAUUGUACAAAAAAAAAAGGCAAAUCAUGGGAUUUUAGGUAAAUACAGAAUACAAAAAAGAAACCGAACGAAAACCCUUCCUCUCUCGUAAACAAAAACUAUUUAUUGUAAAAUAAUAUUUUUAGUUAUUUUGUAAAAUAAUAAAUAAAUAAAUAAAUAAAUAAAUACAUUUUAAUUCGUCUUUGUUAACCCUUUUUUAACAUAAUAAAUGGGGGAUUACGGGUUCGGCUUGUUACAGACAGCAAACAUCCCUAAUAACAGCUCCACAAUCUUCGGCGGAGGCGCUUUUGCAAGGGCGCAUACGACACCUACACUGGCUUGUUCUACUCAGUUUUCUUCUCUGUCGCCCAGCAGCUUCUCAAUUUCCAGCAGCAACGCCGGUGUGUCCUCUCUGUUCCUGUCAGCUGCUGCGCGUCAGCAAAACAUGCAGGAUGAGCUGCUUCUUGGGGUGACAACAACGCAGCAACACCGCUCUCUACCAUCAGAGAGAAACAACAUCCACAACAAGACUGGUCAACCCACAAACAACGACCCCGACUUUAGCAAACAACUGGAUCAGCAAAACCGACUGGAUUUCAACCAUCUAAAUCAGCAGCAGUUGUCAGAGUUCAAACCCACGGCAAAUUCUGAGAAAUUCGGGCAGCAAAUUAAUAACCAUCAGCAGUUAAAUCAUCAGCAGCAGCAGGCAGAUUUUGGCAAGAAACAGCAACCCCCUCCUCCACCACCACCGCAGGGUGAAUUCAAUCACCUCGCUCAGAAUCAGUACCAAACUCUGAACCAACAACAGGGUUCUCCGGAAUUGGAUCAAGGCAACUGCGAAAAGAGCUCGGAGAGUCCUAUUAAAAGCAGGUCCCCAGUGGCUGAAGAAAUAGUGGUUUCUGAAGCUAAUGCUGUGGCGGCUGCCUCGUCAUCACCCUCUCCUGUGAAUCCCAACAAGGCUAAAAUCCAAAUGGAAUCCCCCAAUAACCACCUGAUCAACAGCAACGGGAGCAGCGCCGCUAAUAAUAUAUUGCCUACAGGUCUCGUGGCCGGUUUCAAUAACCUUCAGAAUCAGGAGAUGCAAAACCAGCUGCAGACCCAAGGGGGGUCAUCUUCGCCGUCUCUGCCUGGUUUUGGCACCCCUUGGUCCGUGCAGACGAGCUCUCCACCGCCCCCAGUAACCAACUCAACCAACCCAAACCAUGCCAGCCCCAUGAAUCAGAUCACCAACGCUGAGACUGACAACAGUUUUUACCCCGGGAUCCCCUCCUCCAUAAAUCCUGCUUUUUUCCAGAGUUUUUCACCAGUGUCUGCUAAUUCCUGUGCUGGCAUUAACGUGCCAGGCUUCAAUAGUCCUUUCUCUCCCCAAAUUAAUUUACCUCAACAGCAACAGAAUAGGAGAUCUCCAGUAAGCCCCCAAUUGCAUCAUCAACACCAGGCUGCUUUCCUCCAGCAGAGAAACAACUAUAACCAUCAUCAGCCUAUUAUGAAGCAGUCCCCUUGGAGCAGCCAUCAGGGCAGUGGCUGGAACUCAGGAGGUAUGUCUUGGGGAGGGAUGCAUGGUAGAGACCACCGCAGACCUGGAGGAAUGGGAAUCCCAGGCACCAUGAACCAGAUCUCCCCCAUGAAGAAGCCUUUCUCUAGCAACGUCAUCGCACCACCCAAGUUCCCCCGCUCUGCAGCCUCGCUGACACCAAAAUCCUGGAUCGAAGACAACGUGUUCCGUACAGACAGCAACAGCAACACUCUGCUGCCCCUACAGGAUCGCACUAGAAUGUACGACAGCUUGAACAUGCACUCCCUGGAAAACUCUCUUAUUGAUAUAAUGAGAGCAGAACAUGAUCCAUUGAAGGGCCGAAUGGGAUACCCAUAUCCUGGGACUGACAAUCUCCUUAUGCUGAAUGCAAGGAGUUAUGGGAGAAGACGAGGGCGCUCCUCUCUGUUUCCCAUAGACGAUGGCCUGCUGGAUGAUGGGCACAGCAGUCAGGUGGUCCCUGGGGUCCUGAACUCCCCCAACUGCUACCCCCACCAGAACGGCGAGCGCAUCGAGCGCUUUUCAAGGAAGGUGUUUGUUGGUGGCCUGCCUCCGGACAUUGAUGAAGAUGAAAUAACUACAAGCUUCCGACGCUUUGGACAUUUGGUUGUGGACUGGCCUCACAAGGCUGAAAGCAAAUCCUACUUUCCACCAAAAGGUUACGCCUUCCUGCUGUUCCAGGAGGAGAGCUCGGUUCAGGCUUUGAUUGAAGCUUGCAUUGAGGAAGAUGGAAAACUCUAUCUCUGUGUUUCCAGCCCAACAAUCAAGGACAAACCAGUCCAGAUCCGCCCAUGGAAUCUCAGUGACAGUGACUUUGUAAUGGAUGGUUCACAGCCACUGGACCCUCGUAAAACCAUCUUUGUUGGUGGAGUUCCUCGUCCCCUCAGAGCCGUGGAAUUAGCUAUGAUAAUGGAUCGUCUCUACGGUGGAGUUUGCUAUGCAGGAAUCGAUACAGACCCGGAGCUGAAGUAUCCCAAAGGUGCCGGGCGCGUUGCCUUUUCUAAUCAGCAGAGUUACAUUGCUGCCAUUAGCGCCCGCUUUGUUCAGCUGCAGCACGGAGAUAUUGACAAACGGGUGGAGGUGAAGCCAUAUGUCCUGGAUGAUCAGAUGUGUGAUGAGUGCCAGGGAGCCCGCUGUGGGGGGAAGUUUGCUCCUUUCUUCUGUGCCAACGUCACUUGCCUGCAGUAUUAUUGUGAGUUUUGCUGGGCGAACAUCCACUCUCGUGCAGGGCGUGAGUUUCACAAGCCGCUAGUCAAAGAAGGGGCUGAUCGUCCACGGCAGAUUCACUUCCGCUGGAACUGAAGGGCAGUGUAGAAGAUCUGCAGGACGGCCCAAGAGUGCAUGUGGCUUCCUAUUUAUGAAGAUCCCAACACAUUGAGGGAGAAAUAAGUGCAUUCUUCUGCCUCUUUCCCUAAGCUAUCAAUACAGUACAUCUAUCUUUUGUAGCAGCCAAAACACUACAAGCCUCUGUUUUUCACCAAAACCCUACAUCUCAGGCUUUACUAACUUUUUUGUGGUAAUUUCAUGUUUUUUAAAAGAAAAAAAAAUGAUUUUUUGUAGUUUUUUCAAAUUAUUUUUAUAUGUAAAAUUUAAACUAGAUAUAAGAAUGUUUUUGCAUGGGGGCCCAUAAUCUGCUGCUAUCUCCAGUAGGUGAAGCGUGCACUUAUUUCUGGGUUAACUCUAAGACCUGCCCCAGUGAUUUUACCAAAGGUAGCAAAAAUGAUAGGAGGCAAAGUGAAACAUGCCACAACACAAAUUUUAUUUUUUAUUCUUGCUCUUUGCUGUGUAUUCUUAAUGAAAAAAACAAACAAUAGGGUUACUUUUUGCUCUCCAUUUUGACUUGCAAAAAAGAAUACCUCAUUAUAAUAAUCUGGUUUGUUACUCGCUAUUUUAAGCAUUUUUAAUCACAAGCUGUAUUAGAAGCUUUGCUGCUAUAUAUCGGUGUUAUAUUUAAUGCCAUUUAAUGUGGCCUAAACUGACAUGAAGUUAAAAUGUGAAAACAGAACUGCAUGCUUAUUGAAUGAUAUACACACCAUAUGCAUGCAAUUUAAACAUUAAUGAUAAAUAUAGGGGAUGGGAUGGGGGGGGGGGGGGGGGGGGUAUUGAAAGCAUAUUCAGUGAGCAUGAACAAAAUUACAUAUUUAAAAUAUGUACCUUGCAUGCAUCCGUUAUCAGAGUGUCCUAAAUAUGUACAAUAAGCAAAAUUAGUUGUAGAUUAGAAAGUGCAGCCAUUUUGUGAACUGGUGGUUAGUAGAAAUAACAUUUUAAAAAAACAUACUUGCAGAUUGGAUGUAAUAUUGUGCAGUGUGGUGAUGUGUAGUACUAUUUGGUGUGGAGUGAGAAAUUAGUAUAGGUAGAACUUUAUUAUAGAACUAGAGCAAAACAAAACAAAAAAUAAACUUAUUUUCUGCCCCCUUUUUUUUUACCCUGCCCAUAACUUAUUAGACAUCCCCUGCAAACCAAAGAUGGCCAGCACACUGCUAAGCAGUAUCCAAAUUUAACAAAACCUGAAUAAUGUGGUAAAGGUAUUUCUGCCUUAAUAUAGGCUUUGCUAUAGUUAACAAAUCCAGGUAAAGUCAAAAUGGAGAUGGUGUUUUAAAUAAGGGGCUAGCUGCAUAGUUCAAACUUACUAUUAGACUGGAAAAACAAAAUAUUUUAGUUUAUAUAUAUUAUUCUCUAGCUUGGAUUGACAUUUGCUAUUUUGGUACUUUUAAAAUACACAGUGAAACGUUAAAAAAAAAAAAAGAAAAAUGUAUGUUCUCUCAGUAGUAACACUAAAGAAGUAAGAAACAAUUAUUAUACAACUGCAAACAUAGAAAUCAAAACCCCUAAUUUAAGAUUAGAACACAGUCUAAUCAGGAUUUAGUAUUGUAUUAGUACUUCACUAUUUGAUUGAUUAGCCACCAAAAUGUUUUGCUUCUUAAUCUUCAAUCAGAAAUCAAAGUUAGUAAGCAAACGUCCUUUGUAUGGAACAGAAGUGCUUUGACAUAGUUGUACAUAAAGUCCUGUUAAUCUGUAUUUAAAAAUGGCUGCUUUCUAGUUAUUUGGGUGGAUGUAAACAUAGCACAACAGUAAUAAAUGGCAGGCUAAGAAGCAGAGCUUUUUUGUGGCACUGUGAAAAAAAAAAGGAAAAUAAAAAGCCCCCAAAUUUGAAACCACAAUGUAGUUUUCCCCAAGUGUUCAUUGUAAGUUUUAUAUAUAUAUAUUAGUCCUAUGGUGACAAUAUAAGGAUGUUACUCAAAAUAAUUCUUAGGGACAAUCUUUAUGUAAGCAGUGUUGAUCUUAAAUAUCGGUGGUCUGCCGAUUGGGUUUUUUUGUACUGUAUUAUAUG